GGUCUGAAGAGCGAGAUAAAGGACCUACAGGAGAAGCUGGAAACGUUGAAGACGAAGAGAGCCCAGGACGUCGCCAGGCUGAAGGACUUCGAGAAAGUUAAGAUUCAACUACAGCAGCACCAAGAGUACAAGAUAAAAACCCAGGAAACUAUGAAUGAUCUGCAGAGGCAACUGCAAGCUGCUAAGAAGGAAGCAGCGGACGUAGCAGAGCAGUAUGCAUCCUUCAAGGAUGAGAUGUCGGAGGUGCAGGAGACCAUCGAGAUGGCUACACUGGACAAGGAGAUGGCCGAGGAGAAGUGCGAGAGUCUGCAGCAAGAGAUCGACCAAUGGAAGGAGAAGGCAGAGGAACUGUCAUUGGACCUGCAACUCCUGAAGGAAGAUAUGCAGACACCGGCUGAAGGCACCUUUUCAACUUUCGAGAAGAAGCAACUGGAGCAGCAGAAUGAAAGACUUAAAGAGGCCAUCGUCAAAGUACGAGAGUUGAGUAACUUUGAGAAGCAGGAGACGUUGAAGUUGCAGAAGCUGGUGGAGGUGCAGAAAACCGAACUAGCAUCUCUGGAAAAGGACAAGGAGAGGCUGGACAGUCAGGUGAAGAAGUUGCUGGAAGAGGCCAUUGAACUCAAAGAGCAGGUUGACAGCUCCCAAGGAGCUGAAGAGAUGGUUGAGAAGUUGACAGAGAAGACCCUGAAGCAAGAGGAAAUCAUCGAGAAGUUGGAGGAAGAGAAGGCUGAUCUGGAAGCUCUGUGCGAGAUGAAUGACGAACUGCAGGAGACAGCCCGUGAGACAGAACUCGAGUUGCGAGAGUCUCUAGACAUGUCGAACAUGAGGUGUUCCGAGACACUGAGGAAGAACGAGGCCCUCAACGAGACCAUCAUCGACUAUCAGAAGACCAUUGAAAAGUUCAGAGAUCUUGUUGGGCAGUUGCAGCAAGACAUCACUGCCAACAACACUACAACAACAAAAGCUCCCACACCCACAAUUGAGUUUGACUUCAAAACCAAAUUUGCUGAGACCAAAGCCAUUUCAAAGGCAAUAGACAUGGAGUUGAGAAAGCUGGAUGUGGAGCAGGCUAACAAGCAUGUGGCCUACCUCUGCUCAUUCAUGCCUGAUAACUUCCUCAAGAGAGGAGGUGAUCACGACGCGGUGCUGACACUCCUCUUGAUCCCUCGCAUGAUCUCCAAAUGUGACCUGCUCAUGACGCAAGUCAAGGAAAAGUUUGACAUUCCAGAGGAGAUAGCACGGGCUGACGUGGUCGAGACGCAGAAGAGUGAGGGCUUCGUAUUCGCUUGCAACAUCACAUACUCAAUCUGCGUGCUGCAGGCUUAUCUUAAACAAUAUGAAUAUGCACUGAACACUUGUGCGGUGGACAUGUUGCUGAAGAUUGGAACGCUGCUACCGGAGAUUGCAGUGCACGAGAAGUCGCUGGACUACUACGUCGACCUCCUCAGGAAGGAUAAGUUGGACGAGACGACUUCAACAGACCUGCUAGACAAAGCCAUCCAGUACUUUGAGCACUUGUACUCAGUGCACCUGACCCAGUACAAGCCCAACUGUGCCCAGCUGAUGGCGGUGCAGAUGCAGACGUUACACGCCGUCGCCAACUUCAUCGGCACCAGUGUCCAUACGCUCAAGUUAUCACUGAAGCCGAGCGAGAUGCAGUCGUUAUCAUCGCCAAUUGUUGACUUGCUGAAUUUCCUUGAGGAGCAGAACAAUGAGCUGAAGAACUCUGCCAAGAAGGUUAAAAGAAGACUUCCAGACAAUCCUGCCUCUGCCAACCCAAUGUCCUUCAGUGAUCAGAUUGAAAAGAAGAUGUCAGAAUCGCUGGAGUCACUUGGAAAGUUGUUGAAGAUCAUUAAGAUGGUUUGUGCUGCAUGCGGUCAACUGAUUGUCGUCAUGGCAGGACACGAAAGC